AUGAUAAUCUGGUGUGGAAAAUACACCCUUUUCUUGAAGAACAAUUCUAUUUGCUUGCGAAGCUACGAAUUAUUGGAUUUAGGACCAAUAUCAUUAGCAGACCUGAAGAUAUUGAUUUGUUCUGAAUUUGAGACAGUGUUAGUUCAAAUACAUAUUGACAAUAAUGAAAAUGACAAAGACCUUGAUAAGAGUAGCUUUGCUCAAAGCAGUUUAAUCUUUGAGCUAGAAAAGAUUAUGCAAGUUUUUUUUUUAAAAAAAAUGACAUCCAUGACAUUUACAUGCUUAGUAUGUUCUUCAAAGCUAGAGAUAAAAGAAGAAACAAAAUACAUGCCAAUUUCAACAGCGACUCUUCAUGUGGAUGGCAUGUCUUUAAAGAUUAAAGAACAUCACACGUUUGAAUUUGGAAAGGGCUCUAGUUCGAAUGGACAACCUCGAAACAUGCAUUGA